UGUACAAAACUUGAGUUGCAUAACAGUUGUAUACAUCAUUUAACUGCUAUGUCUAAAUGGUCAGGUCACAACUCAAUGCAAAAAAAUGGGUCUGUUCAUAACAAAAUUGUUUCUGCAAGUAUGCAACAAAUAAAAGAAAACAGAACCUACAUGAUGCAGUUAAUUGAAAUAACAUUGUUUUUAAGUAAACAAGGAAUUGCUUUUAGAGGCCAUAGAGAAAACGAGUUUUCUAUAAACAGAGGAAAUUUUAAAGAAACUUGCCAAAUGGUUGCUAAAUUUGAUGAAAUAUUUGCAAAUCAUUUUUAUUCCAAAACCAACUAUACAAGUUGAUCUGUGCAGAACACUAUUAUUGAUGUAUGUGCUAAGAAAAUUAAUGAUUUUAUUUGCAAUGAAAUUAAAGAAUGUGGUGUAUUUAGUGUAAUGGUGGAUGAAGCAAGAUCUUUCAAUGAAGAGCAGCUUUCUUUUUGUAUAAGAUAUACUAAAAAUUUAGAUGUUGUUGAACGAUUUUUAACUUUUCUAAAUGUAUCAGAGAAACAAGAUGCUGAUUCAUUGAGUACUAUUAUGUUUAAUUAUUUGGAUGCAAGUAACAUCGCUCAAAUACCAAUAGUCGCACAGUCAUACGACGGAGCUAGCGUGAUGUCUGGCCGAUUUAAUGGUGUGCAACAAAAAGUAAAGUUGAGACACCCAUGUGCCAUCUAUACUCACUGUAUGGCACAUAGAGUCAAUUUAAUUGUAAUUGACAUGUGCAAGAUAGUUAAGGAGACCCGAUAUGUGUUUAAUUGUCUUGAAUCCAUAUAUAUUCAUUUUUCUAUGCCAACAAACAACUUCAAAUUUAAAGAAAUUCAAAAACAACUAGGUUUGAAAAAAAUAUCUAUCACAGCAAUAAGUGAUACACGUUGGAAUUGCAGAGUCAAAAAUUGUACUUCAGUUAAACAUAAUUUUAAAGCAAUAAUUGAAGCAUUAAAAGAAAAAAUUGAGAAUUCUAAUGAUCGAGAUGUUUCCCAGGCCUUAGGAAUUUUAUCUAUAAUGAACUUGGAAGAUAUAUUACAAGUUAUCAAUAUUCUUAGCACCCAGUUACAACAAAAAACAGCUACAUUGGGCAAAGCUGGCCUAGUUAUUGAAGGUGUAAUAAAAACGUUUGAAGAGAAACGUUCAGAUAAGUAUUUUUCUGAAGUAUGGUCUACUGUUGAAUUGUUUUCUGAAACUCAUGGUAUUGAAACACCUAUAAAAGAUUGUACAGCUAAGAGAUUAAAAAGAGAACCAAAUCAUUUGAAGGAUUUUCAUUUAUCAUCAACCACAAGCACUGAACAAAUUGAUGAAAAUAAAAAACGCUGGCGAAUAAUUUAUUUCAAAUUAAUUGAUACUAUUGUUACAAACAUAAAAAAAAGAUUUUCCACUGAAAGCCUAAAAAUGGCAACAGCAGUUGAUAAUUUUAUGAUGUUAAAUUAUGAUGAUAGCACUUUUUUCAUUGAAAAUUAUAAAGAGUUGUUCAAUAUUGACUUAAAUGCUCUUAAAAGUGAAAUGAUGGUGGUAAAAAAUUGUGUCCUUCGAUCAAGCAUAAAAUUACAGAUUGAUUUUGAUAAAAUAAAAGAAGUGGUACAAUCUGAAAUUUAUCCAAAUUUAUACACUUUGUUGAAAGUGGCUCUUUCAAUUCCUGUUAGUUCUGCCACGUGUGAGCGUUCUUUUUCCAAUAUGAGAAGAAUUAAAAAUUGGCUGCGCACAUCGAUGGAUCAGGAGCGAUUUUCCAGUUUGGCAAUAAUAAAUAUCGAAAGAGAUGUAUCAAAUCAGCUUAAAGCUGAGGAUAUACUUUUUGAGUAUGCUAAGACCAAUAAAAGAACAUACGAAAAUUUCCAAGUAUCUGAAGAAGAAUAUGCUAUGCAUAUUGCUCUUAAAAAUAGUGCAAGGGAAGAGAAACAAAAGGACAAAAAAAAUGCAGAAGAAAAUAAGUGUUACUGUUUUACUUUCGACAUGCAAGCGGUCAAAUUAUGCCCUGCAGUACAAGCAAGACAUACACAAAAGGAAUGUGAUAGUGCACAUUCUCUUAUAGAAAGGAAAAUCAAAAAUAAAGAUAUUUUUUUGCCCUCUGAUUAUGUGCGAUUAACAAUAGAAUCUCGAAACAAUCUUAGUCCAUUUGAAGCAAUCCUAUUGACACACAGUUAUUUUUAUGAUUUUAAACAUUUAAAUGCUUACACCUCUAUAAGACCUGGUAUUGGAAAGGGAGAACCAGAAGUUAAAGACAUUCGUGAACUAUUAUAUGACCCAUCAACAUCAUGCAUUUAUUUCAAACUUUUAUUUGAUAACCCAUACUGUGCAAUACCAAAAAAAAGUAUUUCCUAG